AUGGUUGAAAACAAUGAAGUUGAGCUUUCAGAAGCUGAGGCGGAACAAUAUGAUCGUCAAAUUCGUCUUUGGGGCUUAGAAUCACAAAAAAGAUUGCGUGCUUCUAAAGUUUUGAUUAUUGGCCUUUCCGGUCUCGGCGCCGAAACAGCUAAAAACAUAAUAUUGUCUGGAGUAAAAAGUGUUUGCCUGUUAGAUAACGAGAAACUUAAAGAAAUCGACCUGUACUCUCAAUUUUUGGCUCCAUCUGACAAAAUUGGUGAGAAUAGAGCGGAAGCUUCCUUGCAAAGAGCCAAAGCAUUGAACCCAAUGGUGGAUAUAACCACAGAAACUAAAUCAGUAGACGACUUGCCCGAUAGUUUUUUUACAAAUUUUGAUAUUGUAUGCGCGACAGGAUUAAAACAAGAACAAUUGGAGCGCAUCAACAACAUUUGCCGUGACAAUAAUAAGAAGUUUCUUUGCGGUGAUGUUUGGGGUACGUUUGGUUAUAUGUUCGCUGACUUAGUAGAUCAUGAAUAUUCCGAAGAAAUAGUUCAGCACAAAGCGGUGAAACGCGGCCCUGAUGACACAGAAAAGAAUGCAAGAGAAACAGUUAGUAUUACGGUAAAACGGCGAGCUAUAUACGUGCCCUUACAAAACGCGUUAUCAGCUGAUUGGACGAAACCUGAAUUGCGAUCUAGGUUACGUCGAGGCGAUCCAUCUUACUUUGUUAUGAAGAUACUGCUACGUUUCAGAGAUGAAUAUAACCGAAACCCAGAUCCAGCUAAACGAAAGGCAGACACAGAAAUUCUUCUACGUAUGCGAGAUGAGUUAGUUAAGGAGCUUUCAUUACCAGUUGGUUUUGUUAGUGAUGCAUUGCUUACAAAUGUGUUUGGAAUUGUAUCUGGUGCAGCAGCUGUGGUUGGUGGUGUGAUAGCACAGGAAGUUGUUAAAGCGAUGAGUCAGCGAGAACCACCACACAAUAACAUGUUCUUUUUCAACCCAAUAAAGUGUGUCGGUUUUGUAGAACUUUAUGGUCAGUGA